GGAACGGAAGCGGAAGUGGCGGCGGCGCCGGCCUGGCCUGGCCUGGCUGAGGGGAGGCGGCGGGCGGACGCGAUGGCGGAGGCCGGGCCGCAGGCGCCGCCGCCCCCGGGCACUCCAAGCCGGCACGAAAAGAGCCUGGGACUACUCACCACCAAGUUCGUGUCUCUUCUGCAGGAGGCCAAGGACGGCGUGCUUGACCUCAAGCUGGCAGCUGACACCCUAGCUGUACGCCAGAAGCGGCGGAUUUACGACAUUACCAAUGUUUUGGAAGGUAUCGGGCUGAUCGAGAAAAAGUCCAAGAACAGCAUCCAGUGGAAGGGUGUGGGGCCUGGCUGCAAUACCCGGGAGAUUGCCGACAAGCUGAUUGAGCUCAAGGCAGAGAUCGAGGAGCUGCAGCAGCGGGAGCAAGAACUAGACCAGCACAAGGUGUGGGUGCAGCAGAGCAUCCGGAACGUCACAGAGGACGUGCAGAACAGCUGUUUGGCCUACGUCACUCAUGAGGACAUCUGCAGAUGCUUUGCUGGAGAUACCCUCUUGGCCAUCCGGGCCCCAUCAGGCACCAGCCUGGAGGUGCCCAUCCCAGAGGGUCUCAAUGGGCAGAAGAAGUACCAGAUUCACCUGAAGAGUGUGAGUGGUCCCAUUGAGGUUCUGCUGGUGAACAAGGAGGCAUGGAGCUCACCCCCUGUGGCUGUGCCUGUGCCACCACCUGAAGAUCUGCUCCAGAACCCACCCGCUGUUUCCACGCCUCCACCUCUGCCGAAGCCUGCCCUAGCCCAGUCCCAAUCCCAGGAAGCCUCACGUCCAAAUAGUCCUCAGCUCACUCCCACUCCUGUCCCCGGCAGCGCGGAAGUCCAGGGAAUGGCUGGCCCAGCAGCUGAGAUCACAGUGAGUGGCGGCCCUGGAACUGAUAGCAAGGACAGUGGUGAGCUCAGUUCACUCCCACUGGGCCCAACAGCACUGGACACCCGGCCACUGCAGUCUUCUGCCCUGCUGGACAGCAGCAGCAGCAGCAGCAGCAGUAGCAGCAGCAGCAGCAGCAGCAGUAACAGCAGCAGUUUAUCUGGACCCAACCCUUCUACCUCCUUUGAGCCCAUCAAGGCAGACCCCACAGGUGUUUUGGAACUCCCCAAAGAGCUGUCAGAAAUCUUUGAUCCCACACGAGAGUGCAUGAGCUCGGAGCUGCUGGAGGAGUUGAUGUCCUCAGAAGUGUUUGCCCCGCUGCUCCGUCUUUCUCCUCCCCCCGGAGACCACGAUUAUAUCUACAACCUGGACGAGAGUGAAGGUGUCUGUGACCUUUUUGAUGUGCCUGUUCUCAACCUCUGACUGACAGGGACAUGCCCUGUGUGGCUGGGACCCAGACUGUCUGACCUGGGAGUUGCCUGGGGACCUCCCCCAUCCAACCCCUACACAGCUUGAGAGCCACAGAUGCCUGGCUUCUCCAGCCUCCCCUCACCACACAGUUCUGGCCACAGCUCCGGCUCCUGUGCUGGCACUUCUGUGCUUGCAGAGCAGGGGAACGGAAUCAGCCCCCAUCACCGUGGAGCCAAAGUGUUUGCUUCUCCCUUUCUGCGGCCUUCCCCAGCCCAGGCUCGGCUGCCACCCAGUGGCACAGAACCGAGGAGCUGCCAUCGCCCCCCCAUAGGGCAGCUUGUCCAGCCUCACUGUCUUGCUCCUGCCAGCUACUUCCCCUAGGAGUGAAGGGUGGCAUGGAACUGGGCACGUGCCAGCACCACCCCUAGCUUCCUUCGCUGUCCCCCACCCCCUGACCCUCCAGCUCCUCCUGGUCCUCUCACAUGCCACCUUCUGCUGGGCCUUUAGCCCUAGAACCUGCAGGUGGUGGGGUUGGCUACCAAGAAGGAACAGAGGUCUCAGGAGGAGUCUGGGUGGUCCAGCCCUGAGGAUUGACCCCACCUCCUGCUGCCCCAUAUCCUAUCUUCAUUUCUGCUUAUUCAUUUACCCUCAUUUAGAGCCAUUUGCAGAGAUUUAGAAAGAUUUACAGUAACGAAUGGAUUCCUAUAUAAAGAUUAUUUUUAUACUUUUUGCAGCAAAAGGAAAUUGUAAUAUUUGUACAGUGUCCAAGUGAAUAAAAACCGUGCCUAAGGCUA